CCUCCGCAUGUUUGACUUUCUCCAGCUAUGUGGCGCUUGGGUGCAGAGCAGCAGCACGCAGCCUCCUUUUUUUAAUUCCUCCAUCCAUCCAUCUCUCCAUCCUUCUUUUCUUUCUUUCUUUUCCUUUUUUGAUUUUUUCCCCCUCCCCUGCUUGCGCUGUCCCUUUUUUUGUAUUCAAUAAACACUUCAUUUGAAUCAUUUUGAGCCUUGGUUAUUAUUAUUCUUAUUAUUCUUAUUAUUAUUCUUAUUAUUAUUCUUAUUUAUUUAUUUCAUGCUGCCGAGUUGCAGAUAGAGAGAAAGCGGAUUGUGGUCAGUGUAGCGCGCGCUCGGUGGCUUUAUAUUAUUGGCUUUAAAUUUGGCUCUGGACGUCGCCUAACUUUGCCUUUAGACACACGACGGCAUCUCCAAACUAACAUGGCAGUCAGGCUGUGUGAUGUGGCUUCUCUGCUUAGAAGUGGCUCGUGGGCGGCUGAGCCUUGGACCGGGCAGGUAAUUGCUGCCAUGGAAACGCAGCUCUCGAACGGGCCGACGUGUAACAACACGAGCAACGGUCCAAACCAGAUGAACAGCUGCUCUUCACCGGUGGAGUCGAGCGGCAUGGAGGACAGCAAGACGAACCUGAUCGUGAACUACCUGCCCCAGAACAUGACUCAGGAGGAGCUCAAGAGCCUCUUCGGCAGCAUCGGGGAGAUCGAGUCCUGCAAACUAGUACGAGAUAAAAUCACAGGGCAGAGUCUGGGUUACGGAUUUGUGAACUACGUGGAUCCUAAAGACGCAGAAAAAGCUAUCAAUACUCUAAAUGGACUGCGACUGCAAACCAAAACCAUCAAGGUGUCCUACGCCCGUCCGAGUUCGGCCUCCAUCAGAGACGCUAAUCUGUACGUGAGCGGUUUGCCCAAGACCAUGACGCAGAAGGAGCUGGAGCAGCUUUUCUCUCAGUAUGGACGCAUCAUCACGUCCCGAAUCCUCGUCGACCAGGUCACAGGCGUGUCUCGAGGUGUGGGUUUUAUCCGCUUCGAUCGGCGCGUGGAGGCUGAGGAGGCCAUUAAGGGGCUGAACGGGCAGAAGCCUCCCGGAGCCACCGAGCCCAUUACGGUGAAGUUCGCCAACAACCCGAGUCAGAAAACCAGCCAGGCUCUGCUCUCUCAGCUCUACCAGUCUCCGAACAGGAGAUACCCAGGACCCCUCGCCCAGCAGGCUCAGAGAUUCAGGCUGGACAACCUGCUGAACAUGGCCUAUGGAGUGAAGAGUAGGUUUUCUCCCAUGGCCAUCGACGGCGUCACCAGUCUUGGCAUUAACAUCCCCGGUCACGCCGGCACGGGCUGGUGCAUCUUCGUCUACAAUCUGGCUCCUGACGCAGACGAGAGCAUCCUGUGGCAGAUGUUCGGGCCGUUCGGCGCCGUCACGAACGUCAAGGUGAUCCGCGACUUCAACACGAACAAGUGCAAAGGCUUCGGCUUCGUCACCAUGACCAACUACGAUGAGGCGGCCAUGGCCAUCGCCAGCCUGAACGGCUAUCGCCUCGGAGACCGCGUGCUGCAGGUCUCAUUCAAAACUAACAAAACGCACAAAGCUUAACGGCGAGCGUUUCUCACAGUCUACGAUGAGUUUGGGAGCGGGGCGUGAAACAUGUUUAAACUUUCUCAGACAUGUUUGCAAAUCAGUGUUAUAAAGGAAAACUGUUUAUUGUGUUUUUUUUCUUUUCGUACAAUUCUCUGCUGGUCUUUAAAAAAAAAAAAAAAAAUAAGUGAUUAAUAGCAUGCGUUGGGUGGCCACUGUGCCCAUCUUAUAUUUUAUUUCUCUUUUUUUCCUCUCCUUUCUUUGAUUUUCUUAUUUUGAGCCAUUUUCAAUGUGUUUAAUAUUGAAAAAAAAAAACCUUUGGUAAUCUUUCCAUGUUUAGUUUCUCAUAUUGAGUUCAUUGGCUGCAUAAAUGUUACUGUUAAAUUGAGGAAACAAAAAAAAAAAGACAAAGACAAAAAAAAUUCUUAAAGCGGUACCUUGCCAAAGAGCUACGAACCUCUUUGAAGUGGGUUUAAAAAAGUGUCUAUUUUUAUAAAAAGAGAAAAUUUGGAGAAACUUUUUACUGGACAUGGAGCAAAAUAUUUUGACUUUGAGAAACUAUCUUCAUACGACACCCUGUGAGAUUUUCACAACUUUACCAGACAGUUUGCAGAGUUAGAAAUUUCUGGAACGAUUUAUUGUUGACAAAGAUUGUCUUUUGAGGUCUUUGUGUUCCACAGCUUGCGUUUGGAUUCGAUAUUUUUGAGACGCAGGCCGCCAAAACGUGAAAGUUUUAUUACACGCACGCAUAUGCAUACACACACACACGUGUGCAUGCAGGAUGAUGGAGGGAAUCUGUAGGUUAUGAGCGGUUUGGUUGAAUCGGUUCUUCCUCGACAGUUUCCUUCUUUAAGAAAAGGGGGGUGGGCCUCAGUGCUGUAUUUAGUAUCUUGUUGAACACUUUUGUCUUUCUAAAUGCUGACAAAGGUUUUAGCUGCUCUGAAUGAAGGAGAGAACGGGCUGAUGAUGCCUGCGAACAGAACAAAAUCGACUGAAUGAAGUGUUUGAAGGGAGAAGAUCUCCUGAGUUAAUACCUUACUGUAAAUAAGUACUUUACGUUGAGUAAUAUAUGUAUCGUUUAAUUUUUUUUCCCCCCCAAACGAGUGUGUUUUGGUUAGGUUUAUUUUAUUUAUUUAUUUUUUUUUUGGGUUAAAGUACAUAUGGAAAUUUUUUGUUAGCUGGUAAUUUGGUUUGCCUAUGAGAGUUGUUUAGUUGAGACACUUUGUUUGAUGCAUUAUUACUGUAUCAGAUUUGUUGGUGGUUUUGUCCGUAGAUAGUCUUGCUUCUGCGAAAUUCUAGGCUUUUUUUUUUUUUUUUAUCUAUAUAUUAUAAGCAUUAAAUAUAUUUGUGGUAAAAAUUGACGAGCCACAGUUUUGAACAAAUACUUAUUUGAUUUAGUUUUCGUAUUCAUGUUACACUUAAUACAUAAUAUAACCCGUUUUAAAAUUUAAAAUAAAAAAUGUAUAUUGCUUAAUCUUCAUGAGGGGAGCCUGACGAGGCUUUUCCAUGACCGUAGCAACACAAUGGUGUUUUAUAUUCUCCACUUAAUGAAGGAAAGAGCCUUUAACAGUGCAGUUCAGGCUCCCCGGAUGUGUGGCAGUGUGCUAUGCAUUACAUUUCUUUUCCUUCUUUCUCAUUUUGGCUGUUUAUUUGUUUUUGUUUAUUUUCAUUGAUGAACUGUGGCUUUGUGCUGCUCGGGGACAGGGAGAGCUUUUCAUGCCACGUAGGGUUUAUUUUUCCGUUUUCCUUCUCAAUGACGCUCGGAGGCAGAGACCAAUCAGCUGCUAGUGUUUAAACACGGCUAAGUUUGAGCUGGGAUCCCGUUUGUGGUGUGAAAAGCCUCCGUGUCCCGUCUGUAGUCUCAGUUCUGUAGUGUGUGCAUUAUUUAUUUAAAGAUGUACAGUAUAACCUUAUUCACAGCUGAGUUUUGAAUUUUGGGGUAUAUAAUAUAUCUUUUUGUUCAGUAUUUAAAACAAAAACAGUAUUACCAGAAGAUGUACAUGUUCUUUUGCUUUCUUUUUUCUUUUGUGUUUGGAAUACUUUGUAUUUUUUCAUGUUCGGUACAUCAAUAAAUAAAUUGAAGGGAGCUGUGAUAGUUGCUCUUCACUGUG